AUGCGGGAGUCGGAUCUCGUGGAGCUGCGUGUGCUGCCGAGGGUGUUCCCGCAACACCCGUAUGCGCGGCACACGGCGGGUCUCGGUGCAAGGGGUCGCGCCACGUUGCCACAUGUUUUGAGCAAAAGCGGAGUGCUCAAUGUGAAGGUGAUCGGCAUCUAUUGCUCUCGCCGGGCAGCGGGUGAUUGUGCCACGCAAAGGGAGGAGGGAGUGGAAGGAAUUAAGAAAAAGUUUAAGAAGGAAAAUGGGGAAGAGGCGGUGCUGCCCAAUGAAAUUCUCGGCAAUCGGGGCGGUGAAUGUGAGGGGACAAAUUGCAAGCGACAUAUUUAUGUGCGUGUUCAGUUUAACAAAGUCCUUGUCGACACGGUGCCACUGGAGGUGAUGCGGGAGAAGUACCCACAGGUGCUCAUUGACUAUCUGCUUUCAACGGCUGUCUGGACGUGA